AUGACAUCGCAAAAAGGUAUGCUAGAAAGACGCGGAUAUCGCUCACUUCAUAUUAGUCGUUUACAAUUGAAACGAUGGUCAUCUUAUCUUGCUACUGCGUUUGCGAUUCUCUCGUUUGUUUUUAUUUCUGGUGGAAUUUGGCUUCUUGAAAAUAAUAGAAUCGAGUCUGAAAUUAUCGGCAGGCGAUAUUAUUACGAAGAAGGAGUUUUGUUUAUAAUCAUUGGGAUACUAUUGCUUCUUUCGCUUGUUUGUCAAGCUUUUAUGAUUCAUCUAUUGUUUGUUGCAAAAAAGCCAUGGAGAUUUACUGAAGUCAAGGUAAAGAGAGCAGUUGCACUGUAUUUAGUUUUUCUGUUUGCAGUGACAAUUCCUCAUAUUUAUUGUUUGUACCAUGUGAAAACAAUUAGAACAAAAUUAAUAUGGUCAAUUAAAGAACAAACUGAAGAGGCUUUGAUCAGUUUGUACGGAUUCGAACCUGAUUUUACAUCUGCAUGGGAUCAUCUACAGUCUCAGAGUGAAUGUUGUGGAUUUUCGGGUCCUCAAAUAUAUGCCUCUUCAAAAUGGAAAUACAGUCAACCUAAUUCUUCAACUUUUAUCAGCUUAGUACCUGAUUCUUGUCUUACACUUAAAAGUUUAGAAGAACAAGUUCUUGAAGAUAUAAAAACUAAGUCUGAUUAUGAAGAACCUAGACAAGUGACUUUUCAAAAAGGAUGCGCAGAAUUUCUUUAUACUCAUAUAGAAGGUGUUCUAAGCGGUUCGUUUAUCGUACCAGUUAUUUCUCUUGUGAUUGUAUCUUUUUCAUUUGUCCUUGGGAUCGUUUUGUGUAAUUUCGUAGUGGUUGGAGAAGAAAUUUAA